AUGAGAAACGGCACGGGGGUGACAGAGUUCAUCCUCGUGGGGCUCUUCGAUAAACCCCAGCUGCAGGCUCCACUCUUCUUCAUCCUCUUCCUCACCUGUGCAUUAAGCGUCACCGGGAAUCUGACCGUUGUCACCCUCACCUUGCUGGACUCUCACCUCCGCACCCACAUGUACUUCUUCCUUACUAGAGAUGGCCUUCAUUUCUUCCUCCUGGCCGCCAUGUCCUAUUACCGCUAUAUCGUCAUCUGCCAGCCCCUGCAUUACACAGCCGUCAUGAACAGGGGUUUCUCUCUCUUGCUCAACACCCGGUUACUGGAGCUGAUUGCUUUCCUCUUGGCCUUGGGGACUCUCCUGGUCACCCUGGCUCUGGUGACCACGUCGUACCCAGCUAUCAUCCACACCAUCCUGAGACUGCCCUCCGCUCAACAGAGAAGAAAGUCCUUUUCCACCUGCUCCUCCCACAUGGUCGUGAUCUCCAUCAAAUAUGGCACUUGCAACUUCAUGCACAACAAAGCAUACUCCAAGACAGCUCGAAAUUCCAAGGCGUUAAGGAAACAUGGGACGCUAUGGCCAAUCCUAAAGUGCGAUGGAGUGGGGUUUAGAGUUAUCCUGUAA